ACAGAGCCAAGGCAGCGCAGCUGCCUCGCACACCGGACUGAAUCCCGUGCGCAGCCUCUGCCGCCUCCUCCGCGGUUGUUUUUCCUGGAAUACUGAUCCGACCUCGGGAGCAAGAUGUGCAAGGGACUCGCUGCACUGCCAGCCACUUGCUUAAAAAGUGCCAAAGACAUGAAGCACCGUCUGGGCUUCUUGCUGCAGAAGUCAGAUUCCUGUGACUACAGCUCUUCCCAGGGCAAGAAGGAGAAGAUAUCUUCAAGCCAGAGACUUAGCCAAGAGGAAGUCAGAAAAUGGGCAGACUCUUUGGAAAAUUUGAUCCAUCAUGACAGAGGACUGGCUGCUUUCCGUGCUUUUCUCAAAUCUGAGUACAGUGAGGAAAACAUCGAGUUCUGGGUCAGUUGUGAAGAGUACAAGAAAACCAAGUCACCAGCCAAGCUCAGCCCCAAGGCCAGGAAGAUCUAUGAUGAGUUCAUCUCAGUGCAGGCCACAAAAGAGGUGAACUUGGAUUCAUGUACACGGGAGAAGACGAGCCACAAUAUGCUGGAGCCCACACUGUCCUGCUUUGAUGAGGCUCAGAGAAAGAUAUUCACCCUCAUGGAAAAGGAUUCUUACCGCCGCUUCCUCAAGUCCCCCUACUACCUGGACUUGGUCAGUCCACCUAGGGCUGGCUGUGGGUCCGAAAACUGCAAAAGAAACCACACUCACAGCUUAGACUGCAACUCCAACAUCAUCUCUCAGUGUGCCUGAACCUGCAUCAAGGCAGGGGUGGGCCGGGCUCUUGCAGCAUUUACGGCAGCAAAAGCAUUCAUUGGCAUGAAGCAACAGAGCUGUCUCCAAUAGCUGUCUAAUGUCUCAGUUGUAUCCCAUGUCAUGCAACAGCCAGCAUUUGUAACCCAAUCCAGGCUCAGUGUGUGUAGCAAACCCUCCUCUGACGGGUCGGUGUAGGAGUGCUGGGGUCUGUGUCUGGCAGGAGCUGGAGCUGGAGGCAGUCGCUGCGUGUGCCAGGGCUGCCAGCCCAGGAGGGUGCUGGGGAGCUCAUGUCAGCCCUGGCUCUGCCCACAGAGGGACCAGAUAGGCGAGAUCACCAUGUGACACCCAGCCAGGUGCAGGGCACAGAGGAAGAUAAGGAAAGCACUGGGGACUGUGAUCUCCUCUUCCUAACAUGCAAAGGUUUAGGUGAAAAGGGCUGGCUCUGGUCCUUAGCUGUUCAUAGCUCCCAAAUGUCCAGGCUGUCAGGAGUGUUUGCUCAGAGCUCAGGUUGUGCUGCAUUGCAGUAUCAGGCACAGGAAGAGCUCCUACUCUUUCUUGAAGGGAGACCAAAACUUUUCGGACAGCCUCCCUCAACCAUCCCAGCCACAGUUGCAGGGAAGCUCAGCCUCCCUCGGUCAUCACGGGAAGCUCUUCCCUCUGGCCGCUGCUCCCUCUGUUGCACCAAGUGUAUGCCGGCCAAGGAUCUUUCCUAGGGCUGUGCAGAGCUGUCACUUUGGGGGAGGCUCAUUAUUUCCUAUGUUAUUAAUUGCGAUCUUCAGGCUCCCAGGUUAAAUACUCCAGCAGAGCAGAACUGAAACAUGUUCCUUCUCUCAGGUUUGCCUGUCCUGGCUUGUAAGGAGCAGUUUGUGAGGGAAUAGGACCACCAUAUCUGAGGAGGAAAGGCCCUACUUGGGCAUACUUGACAAUGUUGGAGUUUUUUAAGGUGUUAUUUAUGUAUUUCAGUAGCAGCAUGUCUCACUUUUUCUGAAGAUGGUAGGAGGAAUGUGUCUGUCUCAUUACUGCUCCAGGGCUUGGCCAGCAGGCAGCCUUUCUUUUGAAUUGCUGUGGUGAGACAUGGCCUUUGCAGUGGGCUUUGGCACUGACCUGCAGCGGGAAGCACUGGAGGCAGCUGCAGGAUUGCUGUCAUGGGCUGCAGCACCAGGUGUCUCACUGCCCCCCAGCCUUGGUCUCUCCCUCAUUAGAUAUUGCUGCUCUGGCCACUGUGUAUGCUGCGCUCUGCAUCACACUCCAGACAACAGCUCUCACACCGGGGUUUUGGCAUGGCAGGAGGAGGCUGUGGCUCUCCAGGCCCAUAGAGAAACUUCUUUUUUAACAUAUGCUUUAUUUUGUACUUACUCAAUGUACCAACACCUAUCACCAUGCAUGUUCAGCUAAGAGAUGGAGAGGCUUGCUAAAGUGCUGAACGUAGCCAAGCAUGUGGCUAUGUUUUAUUUUCCCCUGGUACUGGGAUCUCUUGGUAACUAUUGCAAAAACUGUAUCGAUAUCUAAAUAAUCAUGAAUGCAGUCUAAAUAAAAAUGUUUGCAUUA